GUGUGUUUGAACAUAUGUUUACGUCCAUACCAGUAGAGGAGGAUCAUGGAACAGAAGAGAUGAGUGAAAGGGAAAUGGAGCAUGAAAUAUCAUCAUCAGCUGAACCAGUUGCAGUACUGGUUCUGAGGCCCAUACCAUUCCUUGCAAUGGUGACAGGAUUGAGUCUUCUUAUCCUUGCUGUCAUCAGUGUCUACUACGGUUUCAGCUCACCAGCUUCACUCCACAUGGGUCGUGCUGAAAAGCUAUUGAAGAUUCGCUACGCCAAGGCCAAUAAAAACUAUGCACCGAUGUUUGGAGCGACCAAAGCCAAUACAGUCGACAACAUCUACAUCAACCUUGUCAUGCUGCCGAAGAGCAAUCUAAGCGACGAGUUCAAGAAUGGAUUUGAAUCCAGCUCCGACGACAUGUGGCGGACGGAGCAUGCCUUCACACGUGCAAGCCAGAGAAUGCAAGGAAUCGACUUGGAGUCUCUUCUCGACACCACCCGUCAUGACCAAUCACCCUAUUCCACAGGUCAGACUCUCGGCACGAUAGUCAUGGCUAGUGCUGGGUGUGGGAAAUCGUUUGUUUUUACGAGAGUGGCACCGAUAAAAUGGGCAGCAGGUGAACUGUGGCCCAACAAGAAACUGCUCGUUGCAAGAGAGUUGCGUUUCCCAGACGUGCACAAGGCUACAUCCCUGAGUAAGCUACUUGGACUAGACGGUAUCGGUAUUGAAGACAGCAAUGCUCAGCAGGAGAUCUGUGAUCAUGUUCGUGAACACCCAGAGAGUCUAGUGCUUAUUCUAGAUGGUCUUGAUGAGGUGAGCCUGAAAGACUCGAGCAGUUUUGUCUAUGAUGUACUGUUUGGCAAGGAGUUGCAGGGAAUUCAUCUCAUAGUAACAUCUCGACCAUGUGCCGACAUUUUCCAGUUGUCAGUAUUACUUCACUUCCACCAUCACAUUGAGCUAUUGGGUUUCAAACAAGAUGAUGUGGAGAUGUAUAUCCAUAACGUGUUAAGCCGGGAGAAAGCAGAGACCCUGGUCGCAGAAGUUAAUCGUUCGGCUUAUCUGGCUGGGAUGAUGGCGACCCCAUUCAUGGCAAAGGAAGUGUGCGAGCAGUACCACUCUGGCUUGGAUGUGCCACAGUGCAUGACGGACAUGUUUGAACAGAUGAUUGUGCAGAUCAUCAACCGGAAAUACGACCGAGCACAUAAGCAUUGGAAUGAAAUACCUGUUAAGGCAAGACUGCUGGUGAUGGAGAUAGGACAGUUUGCCUUCAAUAUGCUAGCUGAGAAGCGGAUGAUCUUCAACGAUGUCGAUCUCGAGACGCAUUCUGUCAGUGAAGAUGCCUUCAAACUAGGUUUGUUGGUGUCAGGCGAGGAAUCUCUAUCAAGGAAUGUUGCCAGGCAACAUCGAUUCAGCCAUCUGACCACUCAGGAGUAUUUGGCAGCAAUCUACCUAGCCAGACACCCCACACUCGACAUCAUGAACAGUUCCAGAAUUAUUCGACUUGUGGAAAUCCUUGGUGCAGAAACUGCACAUUUGAGAACAUUCUGGACCAUGCUUUGUGCCCAGCUGAACACUGCACAAGCCGAAUGUCUCGUGAACUCGUUAUUAACACGACAGAAGGUACAGGAACAGGAUGAAAAUGAAGAAGAAGGAAUUGUGCACCUCUUUCAUCGGUACACAUCAGGUGUUCAGAGUGAGGACCUGGUUCAAUCACGGAACAUGUCUGUAUAUUUCGAGAGGUCAGAAAAGCAGCGAAGAUAUCUUCAGAGUCUUUCUUUCCACUCCUUUGCCGAGCUGGCAAUGCACCAGAAAAGGGCUAAUUCCCCGUUGCCAUCGAUACGAGCAUUGCUAGCAUCUAGGCAAAAAGUGGUGAUCAGCACAUUGCAGCAUCCUGCAGAGGUACGCUCGAUCGACAUAGCCCUUCGCCAUCACCACCAAGAUGCCCGUGCAGUGUACAUAGAAGGAUGGACCGUGGGCAGUAGCGGUCAUUUUCCUUCUUCCCUAGCGAACUGCAGUGGUAUACAAGUGUUAACAGUCCACACUUUGGAGAUGUUCCAUGGUAAUCUGGCUGCUGUGAACUUUGCUGUGCAGCAUUCCGCCAGCAGUCUACACGAUCUGACUCUGAUUCACUGUCCAAUAUCUGACUCUCUGAUUGCCGCAAUCUCAUCGCAUCUCCAGCUUCAUGUGUUGGAACUCUGGUAUAGUCUGACUACUAGCAAUGCCGGUGCUUUGGCCAGUGCAUUGUCUAAUCGCUCAAGUUUGCGAAGGAUCGAACUGCGUGGUAAGAUGGACCUUACAAGUGAUGAUGUAGCUGCAAUCUCUCAUGCACUUCACCGAUGUAGUAACCUAUACUUUGUUCGUUUUUUUGCCUGCGGUGUGACUGCAUCAUUUCUACCGGCCAUCAUGACAUCUCUGCACCACUGGAAACGCUUGCAAGUCUUGGAUCUCAGCAACAACAACUUCAGUGACACUGAUGCUUAUGCAGCUUCUCAGUUCUUCUCUGCGCUCUCAAGACUCCCAGUUUUACAAUCGAUUAGCCUUAGACGGUGUCAUUUCUCUAAAAGUACUGGCUUUGCUUUUGCAACCAAACUGUACACUAUUAGCACCUUGCAUUUCAUAGAUUUGUCCUAUAAUCCCAACCUAGGUGAUGAAGCUGUUAUAACUAUUUUCCACGCACUAAGGCAAUGCAAAGGCGUGGUAGAGAUCUCUCUGAUAAACUGUGGUCUGACGGCCGCAUCAUUGCCAGCUAUUACAGCUGCUUUGAACAGCUGGCCGCAGCUGCUACGCUUGUGGCUCCACGACAAUGACUUCAGAGAUGUCACAGAAGACCAGGCCAACAGCUUCAUUGCGGCCAUUAAAGCACAUAAGACGCUUGCUAAGCUAACAUUAAAGGGCUCAGGUAUGGUUGCCAAUCAUAAUGGAGCAUUUUUGGCGCUAAAGUCUGCUCAGCUUCCCCGAUAACACUUUCUCAACGAAAAUAAAUUUUAAGAUCUUGAACAUAAACAACUAGGCAACAGGGAGACAAGAGCUUUGCAGCCAGGAUAAUGUUUGUUUUCUUUAUUUGACUUCGCUUAAACCAAACUGACACUGUCCAGUGAAAAAGGAGCGAAUAAUUAGCGACAUAAUCCUAAUGUUCUCCAGUUGAUAUUUUAUUCGAGUGUAUGAUUAGCGACAUAAUCCUAAUGUUCCCCCGUUGAUAUUUUAUUCCCGUAGCUAUGCAGAAGACGUUACUUCAGUAACGUCUGGCGCUAGCCAGGGUCCACACAGCUUUAAUUUGGUGCUUAUUCCCGUAGCUAUGCAGAAGACGUUACCUCAGUAACGUCUGGCGCUAGCCAGGGUCCAUACAGCUUUGUCUCAGUACUCUUGUCAGUUGUGUGCCUAGUUAUUGCACUUUCUGACUGUAUAUAGUAUCCAGUUACAGUGAUGGAGAGUUACUCUUAACUCUUAACUCGUAUCCUUAUGUCCUUUUCCUUUCUACAUCUAUUUAUGGCUCAACAUCCGAGUUUAGAAUUGAAAAAUUUAUAACAUCCUUUAA